UCAGCUGCUUGUCAAAUCAUCAAACAAUCGCUUCAGUUCUUCAGCCAUUCCUGGGGCAAGCCGCUAACGAGAUAAUCAAAACAACGGUGAGAUCGAAGCUUGCAAUCAGAUUCCCACCCCGCUCACUACACUAGACGGAUACAUGUCGAACCGAAGAACUGCAACUCUUCGAUCGGUUCAUUUCAUCGAUAGCGAGAUAUACACCAGGCAAAUAUUUACCCCCAACAGAUACAAUGUACCGCUGUUUGUUUACAAAAGACUUGCCGGCCCAGCGGAAAGGAGGCGCACCGAGAGCCAGGAUGUGCUGAUCGAAAACCGCCGCAAGUUGUUCCGGGCGAUGACAAAUUAUCGUGGACAGUCAAAUUGGAAAGUAAUUGAAAUCAACGACGUCAACCAGCAAGAAGAUAGCGGCACCAAAAGUGUUCGCACUUCUUUCAAAUCUUGUCGAAAACCGCUGCGAAAUAGCCACAAGGAAUGGACCCUUCCACCCAACAGGUACCGAUUGGGAGGCAGUAUCGCCGAUUUGGCCAGCCAAUCAACAGGUAGCAAAGGACCCUAUCAAUGUUUCACAGGGGAACGUUUCAGGAGGAGCCCAACGAAAAACUCCAUUUGGAAGUGGAGUCUACUGACCAAAAACGAUUACCCACACAUUCCGACGGAAAUGGAUAGAUUGGCUCAUCCGAGGCAAUAUUUUAUCGGGAAAAUAAGGCCAGGUGACAAACACAAACAACGACUAUGUAGCCGUUUAGCUAUCACUCAACCAACCUUAUGCACGCGCAAUCCUAGCGAUCCUGGUCCGAAUCACUACUUCAAAGGAAUAUUCGACAUUGUUUCGCCGACCCAACCCGAUCAGCGGCAAUUAAUGGCACGUCCUUUUGUAUGCUCCGUCCAUCAUUCGUAUUGUGCGGAACCCUUUCCCCGUCCAGCACCAGGGCGCUAUGAGUUGAUGACACGCAUUCCACCUCCAGUGCCAAGAGCCCAAUGUGUCAGUACCCACAAACCGCGAUUAGAUUUCACGCUAAACCCUCACUGGGAUCCGUAUCGCCAGCCCGCCACCCUCAGAAUGCACACCGUCGACAUUCCUAAGCGGCGCCGGAAGCGAGGACGAAAUAUGAAGGUAGCCUUCGGCAGCGGAAAUGCCCGCUUCAAGGACCAAGAGUUCCACCCUAUCGGUGCUCUCAAAACCGUCCAACCAGUGACGAAGUUCACAGAGAGAACAACCGUUCCAACGGCCGUUGUUGACGAUUCUCCCAAAGUGGAAGCAGUAAUACUACGAAAUGACUCAUUGGAGAAUUUUUGCCAAGCACGUAACAAGCUCUUUGUCAUUCCCCGGCGACAUCAGACCCGUCUUUCGCCCAUAUCCAUUCCGAUUGAAAUUGGAAGUGCUACUGUAUCGAAACAAAUGCCGUCAAACACAGAGGACGAACUGUUUACAGAAACACCGUCAAUAAUUAUGGAAAAAAAAUCGAGUGAAAUCGAACCAAUGAGGGAUAUGAAAAUAAAUAACGAUGAGCAAUAA